GAUAAGUAACCCUUACUUUGUGUCGAGUAAGGGGAAACGCAAGUGAACCAUGAACGCUAACGAAAAAUAACCUGACAAUAUCUUUGCACGAAAAAUAAUCCCUCAGAAGCGUAUCCCCCGGUGUGUUGGGCCCACCGACCUUCGAUGCCAGAAGUGCCCCUCAUCCACCGCGCCCUGGUCGCCGCCCGGGAGGGCGACCUGCAGGGGCUGCAGCUGCUGCGCAAGAAGCAAGAGCUGCUGCAGGGGCUGCACGACGACUUCGGCGCCUCGUGCGUGCACUAUGCCGCCCGGGGAGGGCACGUCAAGGUGCUCGAGUUCCUGGUCACCAAGUGCGGCAUGCGCGCCAACUGCCGCAGCUUCGUGGGCGCGACGCCCGCGCACGACGCGGCCGCCAUGGGCAAGCUCCCGGCCCUGGUCUGGCUCCUCAGAAACACGGACUGCACGUUGUGGGACAGGGAUAAGGACGGAGCCACGGUCCUGCAUAUUGCAGCCAGGUACGGUCGCCGUAGCGUCUUGAAGUGGCUGCUCCGGGAGGCAAAGAUGCCUGCCCUGGAGACGACGGCCACCGGGGCACUUGCCCUUCACUACGCAGCAGCCAAGGGAUGCCUCGAUUGCGUCAAGUUACUAGUAGAAUCCUGUCCUGAGCUUAGCGCCAACACUCCGAUGGAGAAUAACGUAACGCCCGUGUACCUGGCUGCCCAGGAGGGACACCUGGACGUGCUCAAGUACCUAGUUCUGGUGGCAGGGGGGUCGCUGUACUUGCGGGCCAAGGACGGCAUGGCCCCAGUCCACGCCGCAGCGCAGAUGGGAAUGCUCAAAUGUCUCAAAUGGAUGGUUGAGGAACAGGGCGUAGAUCCAAACCUCCGGGACAACGACGGGGCGACGCCGGUGCACUUUGCGGCCAGCAGGGGGCACCUGGAGACUUUGCGGUGGCUGCUCAAACACGGGGCGCGCAUCCUGCUCGACAAGCACGGAAAAAGUCCUCUCAACGAUGCAGCAGAAAACGAACACAUGCAGUGUUUGGCCCUCUUGAUCGCGCAUGCGUCUGACCCACGCCACCAAAGUGAACCUGGAGUCUCAGCAGUGCUGCCGCCUACUGGACCAGCAGCCAACAGGACAGCCCGUCGCUGCACCUGCAGGACUACGCCCCUGGCUGGUAUGAGACCUGCUCAUAGAAGAACUGAUUCGGAUGGUUGUUCUUGCCAAUCCACUGGUUCCGAAGAGAGUUGCAGCCUCACCGACGAUUAUCCUUCAGACACGACUACUUCUAGCACUCGUUCAAAUAGCCUGCAGGCCGGAGGGGGCGGGGGAAGAGGGGCCGCCCCGCACACGGUCCUCUCCGGAUGGAACUUCUACAGUUCGCAUCACCCUGCUCCGCCCCAGACCCAACAGAGGGGCGUCGUCAACGGACAUCGUGCCACUUCGCAAGAGAGGGUGUGCUGCAGCAAGGGUAAUCCCAACCACAGAAGGUGUUCCAGUGGAUCUUCUUCCAACCAUUCCAAAAGAGCUGGAGAAAUGGAUUCGGGUUACAGCGGUGGACCAGGCAGUCUGAAUGAUAGUCCCCAAGAACCAUUCUUUUUACACGAGCCAAAUAUGACAUCAGAUGACCGAGUGAAGAAGUUAUUCGAUAACAAGACCAUCAAGAAAAAGGAAGAUUUAGAGAAUGGUCAUGAUGGAACUAUUACCAACGGACAUAGCAAUACAAAUACUAAUGGAUCACAAAUUGUUACGGUCGAAGUGCAUCAUUCCUCUGCAAGUGAAGAUUCGAACAGUGUGUCGGAUGUGAGCGACCCUCUCCCCGACUACGACGACCAGGGCAGCCAGUCCAGCAGCAACGGCAACAUCAACAACUGCAACGGCACCAACGGUCGCGAGAAGACCAAGCGUGUGAGCCGCGAGGCCAGCAGCCUGAGCACGGACGAGGGCAUCUACCACGAGGGUGACGACGACGAAGACGACGAUCUCGACCACGAGCUGAACCAGCUGGUGCCGAACCACCACAACCAGAACGAUGAAGAGGACGAUGAGGACGAGCUGCAUGACAACGAGGUCAGUUUCUCUCCUCACCACCAGGAGGAUCUGGUGGCCAUCCGCAACAAGAGGCCGCCCCCUGAAGAAGAGCAUCCGGCCGCUUACGGGGGUCAUGCGCACGCGUCUCGGAGAGCAUCCGGACCCAUUGAUGCCCCUCACGAAGACAGCAGGAAGAAUGCAGCCGAGGUUUACCAGGAAAACGGCACGCUCAAGUCGAACCACGAAAAACGCACCAUCUCCAGGCCCAAAGAAAAAAAGUUGGUGGAACCCAUGUGUUCUCCACCACCGCCACCCCCUCCCCUUCCGGUGAAGAAAACAGAGGAACAAAAAACCAUUCCGAAACCUCCUUCUCCACCACCUGCACCUAAGAGUCUAAACCAGGUGAAGAAUUCGCCUGGUCUAGAAACGAUUCAAACCAGAGCAGCCCCGCCCCCUCCACCACCUCCAGAUUUACCACCAGUGAGAGACAUAAAGGUUCUGGCCGCGAAAUCGGUUCCAUCGGAAGAUUCUAAAGUUCAUCCUGAAGACGAUCGCUCAUCUCAAAAAUCUGACGAGUCAUCGGUGGAAGGGGAAGGCAAAAGGUACAUCAAAGCGACCGCCACAAGGAAAAAUAGUCACCAGAGAACACUACCUUUCAUUCCUCCUCAGUUUGGCUUCCCGCCUGAUUCUAACGAAAAUAUUCGGCCAUCAGAGUAUCUUCGCCAAGCAAAGGGAGGUUCCAAGAACUCUACUUUGAAGUCAAAUUCCACGCUUCAUCGUGCAGUGUCCCUUGGUGAAUUAGCUGUUGCUUCAAGGUCAGAAAAAAUGACAUAUAGCAGCAGAACGGAGAGCCAUGAAACGCUGUUAGAAAGCGACUCCAGGUCACGGUAUGUCCAAAGCCCAACUGGCAGCACAGACUCAGAUUCCAAACAGCACGCCCCUCUGAGUAGCACGAACAGCAAUGGAAAUACGCCUUUGUUUAACAUAACAGUAGAACAGUUGCAAACAGUGCAUCUAAAGAAAACAGAUAAACCCAGCACACCGGAAAGGACAGUGUUGCUGCAGAAAAAUGAUCUUAUAGCUGAGCUGAAACAGACAAAAGAUAUCCAAGGUGUCAGGAAAAUGAAAGAAGAAAGGAGUCGUAUCGGAGAAGAAAUUUACUCGGACGUUUCUGGGCAAUUCAAAGCGGAAAAUUUUGUGAGUCAGAUCCCGGAAGUAGACGCCAAUGGCUGCGUCAUUCCGCCUUGGAAAAGACAGAUGUUGGCCAAGAAGGCCGCAGAAAAAGCCAAAAAAGAAGCGGAAGAGCAAAGACUGAGGGAGGCCGAGGCGAAGAAGCUGAAUGCAAUUCCUCCUUGGAAGCGGCAGCUGCUCCAGAGGAAAGAACCUGCAAGUCCUGUCACGACUCAAAGCAUUCAUCGGACGGUUUCACAACCUGUAGUUAAAUCCGUUGAGGUCCCUACUCACGCUCCUCCUGAAAAGCCACAAAUUGAACUGCCUGCUCCAAUCACAGAACAAGUCACAGACACCCAAAAUGAAGACUCCGACGACAUUCCGCCAAAUCCUUGGCUUCAGCAACUUCGCAAAACUAAGAGUGUAUUCCGAUGACCAUGAAACGACGUGGGACAUUUCGGGCCAAUGACCUUAAGUGUUUAAGAAGAUACUAUAUCCCAGCCACCCACUAUUGUCCUAUUUGGGACGCCUAAGACUUAGUCAGGCUGGUGAUCUUGGAGGCAAACGUUUUUGUUUGCUGUGCUCAAACUCUUUUCGGACUAAAUUGUUCGAAAGUUGAAUUUUCACCAAACGUUUAACCUGCCUCAGCAGAAACUGUACUUCAUGGAACUAUUCUUUAAUUUAAGGGCAAUCUUGUUAAACGCUUUUGGUGAAAUUUCUAAAGCUUUGUACAGUAGAGUAUGUUAUUAUUGUACAAUGUUGUAACAUUUAUAUAUCUUUCUGAUACUGGAGUUCCUUCAUCGAUAUUUUUACGACAAUGAAACUAUUUUUACUAUAUUUAAUUUUUAUACAAUUGUUUACAAAAGUGUAGCAUAUCUAGCAUUUCACAACCAAAAGUGGCUUAAAGUAUUGAAUUAUUGAAACAUAUAAAUACAUCCCAAUUAGUUAAAAUGUUACAGUAAAAUACAAGACAGUGAGAAGAAAUGGGUGUAUGUGGACUUAAAGGUGCAAAUAAGACUGCUAUUGUCAUCGCUUGCCUCAAGGCAGAUGAGAGUUUCUCCUACCAUUUGUAAUAGUUAUUUCCUUUUUCUUUUUUUUUUUUAAUUUUGGCACCUACAUCCCUUUGCUUCCAGGUCCUUCAUAUGUUCUUGGAAUCAACUUGUGCUGUCUCAUUGCAGAACGUGUAUAUUUUUACCAACAUCGAGUUGACACAUUAUAGCAUUAAAACAACUAAUGAUUUGAAAGGACAGCAAAAUCAUUCGUUGGGAUUCCAUUUUAAGUCAUUCUUGUCUAAGUCAUACCUUUGAAGGGGUUUAUACAUUCCAUGUAUUGACUAGUUUUAUGGGUGACAGUUUUGAAGGUAAUCUUGACCAACUUUUAUCUCAGUAUCUCUUUGGUGUUUGAAAAUACUACGCUGUCUAAAAAUAUACUGCCCCACAUUAUUUUACCGCUAUUGCUUUUUUUUUUCUGAGAAGCUUAAAAUCUAUUUAAUAGCAAAAUUGUCAGAGACAUGAUCAUGAAAUGAUUGAGCACUAACACUGAUGCUUCAAAACAUUGCAUGUGACAGGAAUGCAUUAGUCUAUUACUUACCAAAGUAGUAGAGUAAGAAAAGUUACACUUGUCAUGGGUAAUGAUAGUAAUCUUUAUGGGAUUAUACACAAUCUUUAACUCCGAAAGUGAUU